CGAUAAUAAAUUUGAGUGAGGAGUAAUCACAAUUUUUAUUUGAUUGUAUUGGAUGAUUGGGGUAUGUACAAAUGACCAAACCUUUAUAUUCGUGAUCUGCAAACGAUUUCCUACAAAACUAGCUGCAGUUGAAUAAAAAAAGGAGAUCUUUUUUCCGGUCGACAUCAAAGGCAAAAUUAAAAUCGCGAUUAUGUAUUAUGGAGGGGGUUACGAACAUAAUCAAUACAUGUACAAUGAUAUACUAACGAUGUACAAUCAUGUCCAUCAGUUAGUUUUUCCAUUCGCAACCCUCUGUCGGCUAGGCACAUUGGACUUGUUUAAGUCCAUCUUCUUAGGGUUGGUUCUCAAAUUCGCGCCUAACAACAUCCCCUGGUGUUUCUGUGUGUGAUCAGUAUUUGUGUGGGUCGACCGGUUGCAGUCGUUGAUCCGACAGGCGACUUUUGUUUUCGACAGAACGCUCAUUCCACCAAAAAUCCAUGAAGAUUCGUUGAAAAAUGGGCGACACAUCGAUGAAUAAUCCCAGUGAAAAUUUAGUCAAUCAAGAUGAACUCAUCCUUCAGCAACAAAGGAGUAUCGAAAAAGAGAUAUCCGAAUCAAUACCUCUAGUGGGCGAAAAGGAAUCACUGAAGAGCCUGGAGAGGGAGUACGAGGAGGAUGAGGUUUAUCUGUCAAAGGCUAGGGCACUUGGACAAAAGUAUUCCUACAUUAGGAGAACUAGACCCGAUGGUAAUUGUUUUUUUCGUGCAUUCAGUUAUGCUUAUCUCGAGAGACUAAUACAGAAUAAAGAUGAGUAUGACAAGUUUCGUGAGCUCGCAUCAAAGAGUAAGGAUAAUUUAGUUGCACUGGGAUUUCCACAGUUCACGGUGGAAGACUUUCAUGACACGUUUAUGGAAGUCAUUGAGAAGGUUGGCGAUGGUACAGAGGCCAGCAGUGCUGAAUUACAUAAAUUUUUUAACGAGCAGGGUUAUUCAGAUUAUAUUGUUGUUUAUCUUAGACUAAUCACCUCUGGUCAAUUGCAAAAAGAAGCUGAUUUUUACCAGAAUUUCAUUGAGGGUGGUAGGACUGUCGUCGAAUUUUGUCAUCAGGAAGUGGAACCAAUGUAUAAGGAGUCCGAUCACAUUCAUAUCAUCGCAAUGAGUACAGCCCUCGGUACAGGGGUACGAGUACGUUACAUGGACCGUGGGGCUGGAACCGAAGUGACUGCCCAUGAUUUUCCGGAAGGCUCAACACCAGCUGUACAUUUAUUAUAUCGUCCAGGUCACUAUGACAUUCUAUAUCCCUGAUAAUUUCCCUAGCCCCCACAAAUGUCGACAUCUACAAGUCUGCAUCAAUUUUACAAGUAAUAAAAACAAUUUUUUCCGCAUAAA